UGAAGCCAGAGCAGUGGGCUGAAAAUAGAGUGGGGGAGUUAGUAGGUGUCUGCCUGUGUGGGAUCAGGCAAGGGCUUGCAUGUGUAACUAGGGCUGCUUGGAAGUUUCCUGUCUCCAGUUGCUCCAGAGAAGGGCCCUGCCCAGACACAGAGACAGGCAAGCAACCAGGGAGAGACUGAGCUGACCCAGAGGGAAGUAAAAUAUUGGCCGGCCGACAGGCAAACGGGCAGACGGCAGGACGGACGGACGAGCGGCGGCUGUGAUUGGCGGCUCGGCGGCAGCCUGGUGGAAAAUGUCGUCUGGAGCUGGUGGGCGGGGAAGAUGGCAUGGGAGGACAUGCGGGGGUGCAGGCGAGGUGGAAGAAGGCCCAGUCGGUAUCCCUUUUCCAGAGCACAGUGCUGACCUGCUGGGCAGUCUCAACCAACAACGACUAAGUGGGCUUCUGUGUGAUGUACUGCUUGUCGCACAAGAAAGAGAAUUCCCUGCCCACCGCUCUGUGUUGGCUUCCUGUAGCACCUACUUCCACGAGCUUUUCACCUCAAGUCUGGCCGAUCGACAGAAAGUCUAUGAGCUAGAUUUUGUGCGGCCUGAGACGCUGGCUGCCCUCUUGGACUUUGCCUACACGGCCACACUCACAGUCAGCCGCAACAGUGUGGUUGACAUCCUAAGUGCUGCCCGUGUGCUGGAAAUCUCACCCGUCCAAGAAGUCUGCACACACCUGCUGGACACCAAAGUGCUCUCCCCGCCGGCGGGCAGUGAGCAAGAAGACGAGGAAGUGGAGGAGCGAGGGAAAAAUGGAAAAGAGCAGGGCAUCCGGCUGCGUGCCCGGGAGUACCUGGAGUUCUUCCAAAGGGGGGCGCAUUGGGGUAGCAGCUGCAGCACGCCAGAGCUCAGGGACCUGCCCGCACACCUGCACUUUAGCCAACGGAAUGGCGCUGACAGCAAUGGAACGCCCACCGGCCCUGCUGACUACUACUCCCCACUUGCCCAUGCCCUAGCGCAGCCACAUCGCGAUGCUGAACAUGAAAUCGAUGAGGAGCGCCAGAAUGGAGCUUUGGCUCUUGCUAGAGGAAAAGGUGCUGAAGCUCUGAUGUCCUUUUAUGCCCCUACUCAGAAUGGACAUUUCUACCUCCAUCAGGCGGAGCCCAAAUCAGAAAGAGAGUUGGAUGUAGCGGGUGAACGGGAGCAAGGCUCGGCCACUGCUUUGCUGCAACAUAUGAUGGAGCAGAAAAGGGAACAGGCCAUGGCAGGUGGGGGUGAGAAGAACAGGCCGGAGAGUGAAGAGCCGGAUGUCGAGUUUUACUUGAAGUACUUUAGUACACAGCAAGAGGAGGUCAACAGUGCCCAAAUGUCACCAAGUCUUCUACCACUGUGGCCAACGAGGAGCAGCGGAGGUGGGAACCAAGCAAGUGGAGCAGGUAACAGUGGUGAAAAGAAGAUGCGCUCUAAGGCCUACCAGAAGUGCCCCAUUUGCGCCAAGGUCAUCCAGGGUGCAGGCAAGCUUCCACGCCACAUCCGUACACACACAGGAGAAAAGCCCUAUGAAUGCGCUAUCUGCAAAGUGCGAUUCACCAGGCAGGACAAGCUAAAGGUUCAUAUGCGCAAGCAUACAGGAGAGAAGCCUUACCUCUGUACCCAGUGUGGUGCAGCCUUCGCCCAUAACUACGACUUGAAGAAUCACAUGCGUGUGCACACAGGCUUACGUCCCUACCAGUGCUCCAGCUGUUUUAAAACCUUUGUGCGCUCAGACCACCUCCACCGUCAUCUCAAGAAAGACGGCUGCAACGGCAUCCCAUCCCGACGUGGCCGAAAACCACGCAUACGAGAUCCUGAGCUCUUGGAAGGUCCUCUGGAACUCCACGGACCCGACGCGGACAUCGAGAGAGGGCAACAGCAUCCAGACGGGGACAGCGGAACAUCGGUCAUGGAGGAAAAUCACGGCAGUCGCAUGCACAGUCCAGUUCCUGAUGGGGAAGGUAGUGAAGAUUUGAGCUUGGGACAAAGGGACUCCAUAAUGACGUAAAUUUGACUUCAUCAAAGAGGGCUUUACUCAAAAACCAGAGGAAGAAUACAAUGGGAAAAAAACUUUAAGCUACAUGGUCCUCUAAAAAACCAAAUCAGGGUGUGACACAAAUCUAAUUUCUAAGUUUUUCUUUAUUCUGUUUUUAUUUUAUAGAUUUCGCAUUCCAUAUAAAGACUUAACUUCCAAGUUACUGGUCUUUUGAAAGAGCGAAGAGCACUUCAAAUCACUCACCCAUGCAGUCACCACCUUUCUGGGUCUUUUUGUUGGUAACAUUGGCAAAAUGGUUUAGCCAUGUGUGUACGAGAAAAAGCUACUAUGCAGUUUAAACAAGUUCCUCAUCUCUGGGUCGCAUCUACAAGGCCUUGACUUAAAAAGUAGGGUGUCAAACACCUGGCUGGCUGCUGCUUCAACAGGUUAGCUAUGAAUGGUCUAAGAUGAGAUCAAGGCAAUGAAAAAAUCUCUUUUUUUAAUGCAGAGCGCAACAUGUACAUACACUAUGAAAAAAUUAUAUUGUCUCAGAUUGCAAAAUAUGCAAUUUUCUGAUAGAGCACCUUUUUACUAAAUGUUCCAGAAAGAAUCAGACAGGGGUUUGAUUUAAAGUGUUACUUUCUCUAUAAGAGUUUUUUUUGUGAGAAUUCUUCUUUAUGUCUUCUUUAAGUUAACUUAAGUCGAAUCCACGUAUAGGGGACCUCAUAAUGUUCAUAAUGUUUUUUGGCAGAGAGAGGAUAAGAGCAGGGAUGAGGUCCUGUGUUUCUAAAGCACUACCUUUAUCCGAUCGCCACUGGGCACAAUCAUGUAAAUCUUACCUCUCACAGGCCUGCGUUUCCUUCUUUGCAGUCUUACUUGCAUUAUAUUCUGUCUUAUUUUGGGAUUGUCUUAAUAUUUUGUCAUCGUUGAUUCUUUUGGGUACUUGACACUUUACAUUUGUAUACGUGUGUAUAUAUUAGGUUGUAAUGUUAUGAAACCCUUUAUAAGAUAUAUAUUUCAGAUAGAUAGGGUUACAGCUUCCUUUAGCUUCACUCCAGGUUUUUCAGUGAGUUCGGUUUGCAGGUGCGAUACGCUUUGUGAUGUUUAAGAGCACUAUAAUCGAGAAACACGUUUUUUCCUAAACUGCACUUAAUGGAACCCAGAAGUUUCCACCCAAAGUAUGAAUUGUGAUAAAAAUGCUUCGGUUUGAAUGGUUGAGCAGAAGAGUGAAACAGUAUGCAAUGGGAGUGAGGGCGCAACUGUUACGCAAACAGUUGGGAAACAACCUAAGCAGGGAAUCUUUUAUUUGUUUGUUUGUUUUAACAGGAAAAGGAGAGACGAGCACCUUUUAAUGCAUUUGCACAGCUUUAACUAAAGAUAUCCGAGAGAGAAAUAUCUAUUUAAGGCAGUUUUGGUUGAAAAGAUAUAAAGUGCUUAUUAAAUUUUUUUGUCCAGGGGACCACAAACUGAACUGAUAAGAUGAGCAAUAAACUAAUGUCCAAGAUGUAAGCUUAAAUAUGCACACAGCUGUAGCUUAGUUAAAAGUGCGGGUCCAGUUUUUAGGGCUUGAAAAACUAACUUUAAUGAAAUGUAUGGGAUCAAAUAUAGAGAUUUUUUAGCUCACAAGAUUGGCAAAGAAUUUGGUAGAAAGUGACCAGAGGUCUUUACUUAUAAAGUAAAAUGUGCUUCCUUGUACGGGUAGUAAGAUAACUUAAUGUGGGGCUGAUCAAGACUGAGCUCUACCCAAAAGUCAUGACAUAUAUGAGGCCAUGGCUUGACUAAAGUGUUGCUUAUGAAGUUGCAAAUCCUAAAACCUGGGUAUUCUUUAUCAUGCCAGGUUGUUCGAAAGGAUAUCACCAUAUACAGUGGAACUGGAUGUGCAUUUUUAUUGUAAACGUGGUGAAUGAGAGAGGAUGCAACUUUCGGUAUUGUUCCUUUUGCGGUGCUAUACCCUUGUCUUUUGCACCUUAAUGAGAAAGAAGCAAGAUUUGAAUGCACUUUGUUACUGAGAAGGGCACUUUUUAGUCAAAUGAAACGGGUACUUUGAAACAAAAAAGCAAAUGUGCUAAAAAAAAAAGGCUCAUCCAAGUGGUGAUGCUUUUUUGUUUGUCCGUGUUGCUUUUAAGUCUUGACAUCGAGCUGCCAAAACAGUGCACAGUCACUUGAGAAAAGCAGGGGCGUGGGUGAAGAUAUUUUGUUGUUGGUUGGUUGAGAUGUUAACAUUAAAAAAAGUAAAGAGUAAAUACCUAUCUAUUUAUGUAUACACCUAAUCAAUAAAUGCACUUAAAAAUUAAUAAGAAGGUUCUCUAUUUUGUUGAAGAGUAGCAAAGACGUGGCAGUUUGUAAGCCAGGGUUAUAGCUACGUACUCCAAUUAAACUGUUACGUUUCGGUCAGUGCAUUGCAGUCCCUGAAAAGUUAUGUUUGUCAAACUGGUGUUCACCUUAAGCUGGAAGUAUAGUUCUGUUUUUACGCAUACGCGAGGAUCUAUACACAGUGUGUGUGACGUAGAUUUUGCCAUCGGAAGAGUACGUACACACAGUUUAAUUUUUGUAACCUACUUUGUAGCGCAUGUGGGUACAAGAGAAUGUAGUAUCUAUCCCAGGCAUUUUGUCGCAAUGCACAUGCGUCAAGCGUCUAUACGUUCACGUCCACGUAUGAGUCAAAUUUGCAAGGCUCUGCGUUUGGCCAUUCAUGUACAUGUAAAAACAGACUACUCCAGGCUUUAGAGUAUGUGAAAGGCCAACCUUUGAGCAUCACACUGUUGUUACUUCCAAAAUAUGUGUUUGUGUGACUGGAUGACGUAGCAGAAGUAAUCUGAAAAUUCCAGCGUGUGUUGUUUCCCCAAAACACACUUGAUUAAUAACACAUCGCAUGCCUGCUUGGGUUUGUGUAACACACUGACCUAGACCGUCUCCUGCACACUUAUCAACCUUCUUUCACUCGCAGCCUGCGAUCAUCCAAUACGAAGUAGCUUUUAAAUUUGUUUUUGAGGAUGUUUUGUACCUUUGUCGUGACCCAAACCCAUCCUCCCUCAUUACGGAAGCAGAAGUUGGAGUAAAAUUAGUUUGGACGAAAACCUACUUGAGUUCCCUCUACGUUUUUAUUGUAAUUAUUUUUUGUGAUCUUUAGUGUGAGAAAGUUUUAAACUUGCUAUGCUUUCUAUUUGUUCUAUUGUAAAAAUGUGUUGCUGCAGAUUGUUUUUCUAGCAAAGAUAAUGCUAGCCGUCUGGCUGGGGUUUAGCGGUAGGAGUCAAGGUUAAAUGGUGGUAGAUAUUGGGUGGGAGGGUGUUGGGGGUACAAAGCCUGAUAGCACUGGAAAUGGUGCUUUAGCUGAGAAAGAGUUUUUUGCACUAAAAGUCGCUUAUGUCCUUGGAGGGGGAGAGCUUUGACAGACAAGACCUUUGAGUUUCUUUGAAUGCACAGCCUAUUUAAUCUCAACCACCCACAAUUUACAUCUGCAGUUAGCCUUUUGAAAGUCAAAGUAGGGUAAUACUUUGUUUUUGUGAAGUUUUUGAGACUAUUAUUUGGCAUAAAAUGCCCUCUGAUCCUUUAUUUAUUUUAAUGUUAAACAAUUGCUUAGAUCAAAGUAGAUGAAGAAUCCACAGCAACCAAGCAACAAUAUUCAUAGAAUGGUUUAUAUCCAGGAUCUUAAGCAUCUAGGUCUUCGUAGCAUUUUGGUGGAGCUAAAGAGGUCUUUGUAAGUUCAGAGGGACUCAUUGGCUUUCUCUGGGGGUG